CGCUUGUAGCGGCACCGAUUUAAACUUUUGAGAGGAACUCUGGACACAAGACAUCUAAAGCAGCUGCUGCCCACCAACUGGAAUAUUAACCUGCUGUAACACUGUAAUUACCCGGAUCUCAACGCCUUUUACAUUCAAUCAUAACAAGUUGUUGAAUCCGUGAUCAUUAUGAUUUUUAAUAAGGGGAGAGUAAGCAGCGCUUUUUUAAUAUCUUGGAUGUACUUUGUCUACAUUUCCUCGGGAAUGGAAACUACAAUUGACCCAACUGCUGAAUCUAUCACUUUAAGUGACAUCAUAGGCAAUGCCACAGAAUGGAUGAUGGAUUUCACCGACAUUGAGUCCAAGUUUUCUUUUCGGACCCUUGAAGAACCAGAAGACGAUCUAUGCUACAUAGUUCCCGGUCAACCCCAAUCCAUCAAAGACUGCAACUUCAAUACAGAAACCAAGACUUUCAUAGUUAUUCAUGGAUGGACGGUCACGGGUAUGUUUGAGAGCUGGGUUCCCAAACUGGUAACAGCUCUUUAUGAACGAGAGCCCACAGCCAAUGUUAUUGUGGUGGACUGGUUGUCCCGUGCGCAACAACAUUACCCAACAUCAGCCUCCUACACAAAACUAGUUGGCAAAGACGUGGCCAAAUUUGUCAACUGGUUACAGGCUGAAAUUGAUUAUCCUUGGGAAAAGCUGCAUCUGUUGGGUUACAGUCUUGGCGCCCAUGUUGCAGGAAUCGCUGGCCUUCUCACCAAACAUAAAGUUAACAGAAUCACAGGCAUGGAUCCUGCUGGCCCGACCUUUGAGUAUGCAGAUUCCCUAAGCACUCUUUCUCCAGACGACGCCAAUUUCGUUGAUGUUCUUCACACCAACACCCGUGGUUCUCCAGAUCGUAGCAUUGGGAUUCAGAGGCCUGUGGGACACAUAGACAUCUACCCCAAUGGUGGGACCUUCCAACCUGGCUGCGAUCUCCAAAACACGAUGUUAAUGGUGGCCACUACUGGUUUGAGAAAUAUGGAUCAGAUUGUGAAGUGCUCUCACGAGCGCUCCAUUCACCUCUUCAUUGACUCUCUGGUGAACCAGGACCAUCAGAGCAUGGCUUUCCGCUGCAGCUCCAGAGACAGCUUUAACAAGGGCAUGUGCCUCAGCUGCCGUAAGAACCGCUGCAACAAGGUGGGAUACGCAGUCAACAAAAUUCGCACGCGCAGGAGCAGCAAGAUGUACAUGAAAACCAGAGAGAUGAUGCCAUAUAAAGUUUUCCAUUAUCAAGUGAAGGUCCACUUCUUUGGAAAGACACAAUUAAGCUACACUGACCAGCCCAUGAAGAUCUCAUUGUAUGGAAUGCACGGCGAGAAGGAGAAUAUUCCCUACAUUAUGCCUACCUUGACCACAAACAGCACCGUGUCUUUCCUGUUGACCACGGAUGCAGACAUCGGAGAGCUGCUGAUGGUUAAACUUCUCUGGGAGAAAGACACGCUCAUCAGCUGGCCUUGGUGGAACUCCGACACCUUCCACAUUCGCAAACUGCGCAUCAAGUCUGGAGAGACACAAUCAAAGAUCAUCUUUAGUGCAAAGGAAAGUGAAUUUUCCUACCUUUCCCGUGGAGGUGAGGCGGCCGUCUUUGUGAAAGACAAAGAAGCCCAGUCAAGCCGCAAAAACCAGAGAUUGCACAAGAUGAAGAUGCACGGCAGUUCAUUCAAACAGAACACUGAGUAAAGACACGUCAAAAUCCACCUCUGCUGGGAUCUGGCACAGAAUCUGCCAGGGAAAACUGGAAUGGUAGAAUCUGGCCUUUCCCGUGUAUAUUCGGACUAACAACCUUCACCCAACCCAAGUCCAGGAGCACAUUCUGCAAGAAACCACAUCUUGAAAAUGUUACUGCUGUGCAGUUUUAAAACAAAAACAAAUCUUUUUGGAAACAUCACAGGUCUGGCUAGACAAUCUUUUCUGAAAUGGUUUAAUACAUACAAUAUUAAUUUUGUCUCCAUGUAAUAUAUUUAUGCAAGUAAUCUGUUCCGAUCUAUCUAAAAGUGACUUGCACUUAGCUAACAGGGUUUGCUAGUUGUCCACCAAAGAGACUUUCAUUUUUGAGAAAAGAAACAGCCACUCGAAAUUAUAUGGAUUGUUGCAUUUAUCAGUAUUAUUCCACUUAGAGACUGAACAACUAGGUUAUUUAUGCCUUUGUUUGGUUGUACUGUGAAUUAAGUUGUACCAAAGCAGUUUUCUAGCUAUGCUAAUCCUCUUUGCCUCAGUUCCGAAAGCAAAACUUUCAGACUUGUCUUUGUUGCAGCCAUAAGUCAGUCUGAAUGAAAUGCUUUAACAAAACAAAAUGGGACCAAAUCCUCUCUCUCUUUCUCUCUCUGCUGAAUCAAGAUGAAAUGAUUAUUGUAAAUAUUUGUAAUUUGUCAUUAUAUAUACUUACAAACAGCUCUUCAGAUGUCUACCUUUCUUUCUUUUCUUGGGUUAUUGUGUCUGGCACAGGUCACUUUAAAGGCUUUGCCUCCCUUUGAUUUAGUUUGUUUCGGUAAAUCGAGCAAAAUCAACAAACAUUUCUGCCACUUUUGAUUUGUUUCCCGUCACAGACUUUUAAAGCACUUCAGAAGUUCUUUUAUCUGGAUUUCCUGAAUGCAAUGAGGCAAGAAACUACUUUCGUUCACACUUGAGCCAGCCAACACUUAAUUUGAUCUAAGAAAAAACAAAUGUUUUUUUUUUCAGGCCUGAUAGUGUUGACUGCUCCGCAUAAUAGCCAGAAAUACAUCAAAACUGUUCUUUCUUCCUAUUUAUUGAAUGUACAUAUUUGUAUAUUAAGCACAUAGUAUAUGUAUACAAUGAUUCUGUGGUGCUCUUGCCUCUCUUUCGAGUUAUGUAGCCUUUCUAUUUUUAUAAACAUUUUUCAAACAUUGACUGAUUGAAGUUGCAGGAAGGAGAUGAGCUGAACCGUAUUUGGUCAACUGUUGUGAUCGUAUGAAUUUAUAAGCCGUGCACUGUAUGAUGUCAUUUUAAUAAACGUUAUGUUGCAGUA